AUGGAUUCGUCCGCGACCACAACAAUUUCUCUCGUCGGCCCGCCGGAGAUCCACCGGAAGUCUACCCCUCCCGCUGCUGCCACCGCCCCCGCCACCACGGGAAAUCCGUUCAUGGACCUCAUGGUGGCCAACUAUAAUAAGACGGCGGUCUCGGCCCCCCUCCCACCCAUGGGCUUCACCGAGAACUUCUCGCCGACAUUCCUUUCCUCCGGAAACCCCUGUCUGGACUUCUUCUUCCACGUCGUCCCCGACACGCCGCCGGAGGCCCUCGCCCAGCGCCUGAAGCUGGCCUGGGAAGACGACCCGCUGAAGGCCCUAAAGCUCGUCUGCAACCUCCGCGGCGUUCGCGGCACUGGUAAGACAGACAGGGAGGGAGGGUACACGGCGGCGCUGUGGAUCCACAAGAACCACCCUAAGACCCUCGCCUGCAACGUCGCCCCCCUGGCCAAGUUUGGCUACUUCAAGGACCUCCUCGAGAUCCUCCUCCGCCUCGUCGAGGGCCCCGACGCACGUACACAGGCUAAGGCCGCUUACCGGAGUUGGAAAUCGAGCGGCUCACGCCGGGCUCGCGAGCUUGCCAAACGCCGGCAGGCCAAAAAACCCAAACAGAUGGCCCCACGAUAUGGCGACAUAAGGAAGAAGACUCACGGCCGGAUGAGGAGGACAUCCAACCGGCCGAGCAACUCGAAUGACCAGCCGAAACUAAGCAACGUGGAGAAGAGGCUCGAGCGGGCGAAGAAGGCCUUUGAGAGAUUCAGUUGCGACCCGGAUUACAGAUUCCUCCACGACCGUGUGUCGGAUUACUUUGCCCUGUGCCUGAGGUCGGACAUGGAGAUGCUAAACUCCGGCCAAUCGAACAAAAUCAGCCUUGCUGCCAAGUGGUGCCCCUCCCUCGAUUCCUCGUACGACCAGGUCACUUUGCUUUGUGAGCCCAUUGCCAAGAAAGUCUUCCCUAGGUCCGAAUAUCCCGAAUACGAAUUAGUGGAGGAGUUCUUGUCCCUCUUCGUAAGGCCCUUGAGCUGCCGGAGCUCUACAUGA